GCCCUCGCGCGUCACCGCGCGGCGCCGGCGCUGCCGGGAGCGUCCGCCAUGGCCGACAUGGAGGAGCUGUUCGGCAGCGACGCCGAGUCCGAGGCCGAGCGCAAGGAUUCCGAUUCUGGAUCUGAAUCCGAUUCCGAUCAGGAGAAUGCUGGCUCUGGUAGUAAUGCUUCUGGAAGUGACAGUGACCAGGAUGAUGACAGGGAGGCAAUGAAGCCUAGUAACAAGGAGUUAUUUGGAGAUGACAGUGAGGAUGAAGGAGCAUCCCAUCACACAGGGAGUGACAACCACUCUGAAAGAUCCUACAACCGCUCUGAAGCUUCUGGACAUUCUGAGCAUGAAGAUAAUGAUCAGUCAGACGUGGACCAGCACAGUGUUUCAGAAGCAGCUCAUGAUGAUGAUGAGGAUGAUCGCGGGCAUGGGUCGGAUGAAGGCAGUCAUCGUUCUGAGGGAGAGGCUUCUGAAAAAGCACAUUCAGAGGAUGAGAAGUGGGGCAAGGAGGAUAAAAGCGAUCAGUCGGACGAUGAGGAGAGACAGCAAAACUCUGAUGAUGAAGAAAGACAGCAGAACUCUGAUGAUGAGGAGAAAGUACAGAACUCUGAAGAAGAUGAAAGGCCACAGAUGUCUGAUGAUGAGGAAAGACUCCAGAACUCGGAUGAGGAGAAAAUGCAGAACUCUGAUGAUGAGGAGAGGCCACAGGUCUCAGAUGAGGAGAAGAUGCAGAAUUCAGAUGAUGAUGAAAGGGCCCAGCAUUCUGAUGAGGAGAAGAUGCAGAACUCUGACGAUGACGAAAGGGCCCAGCGCUCUGAUGAGGAGGACCCAGAGCAUAAAUCUGAAUCUGCAAGGGGCAGUGAUAGCGAAGAUGAAGUUCUGCGAAUGAAGCGGAAGAAACCAAUUGCAUCAGAUUCAGAAGCAGACAGUGAUACAGAAGGACAGAAAGAGCAUGCAGAUGUCAUGGAUCUGUUUGGAGGGGCAGAUGACAUUUCCUCAGGGAGUGAUGGAGAAGAGAAGCCACCAACUCCAGGACAGCCCAUUGAUGAGAAUGGACUGAGUCAAGAACAGCAGGAAGAAGAACCCAUUCCAGAGACUAGAAUAGAGGUAGAAAUACCAAAAGUUAACACAGACUUGGGUAACGAUUUGUAUUUUGUGAAGCUGCCCAACUUCCUUAGCGUGGAACCCAGACCUUUUGAUCCCCAGUAUUACGAAGAUGAAUUUGAAGAUGAGGAGAUGCUUGACGAAGAGGGUAGAACUAGGUUAAAACUCAAGGUAGAAAACACAAUACGGUGGCGGAUGCGACGAGAUGAUGAAGGGAACGAGAUCAGAGAAAGUAAUGCACGCAUAGUCAAAUGGUCAGAUGGAAGCAUGUCUCUCCACUUGGGCAAUGAGGUCUUUGACGUGUACAAGGCACCGCUACAGGGAGAUCACAACCAUUUGUUCAUCAGACAAGGGACAGGUCUACAAGGACAGGCUGUUUUCAAGACAAAGUUAACCUUCAGGCCACACUCUACGGACAGCGCCACUCACAGGAAGAUGACCCUGUCUCUGGCAGAUAGAUGUUCAAAGACCCAGAAAAUUCGUAUUUUGCCGAUGGCAGGUCGUGAUCCAGAGUCUCAGCGCACAGAAAUGAUUAAGAAAGAAGAGGAGAGAUUAAGAGCUUCCAUUCGUAGAGAAUCUCAGCAACGAAGAAUGCGGGAGAAGCAACAUCAGCGUGGCUUGAGUGCAAAUUAUUUAGAACCUGAUCGCUAUGAUGAAGAGGAUGAGGGAGAUGAUUCGAUCAGCCUAGCAGCUAUCAAAAACAGAUACAAAGGUGGCAUCAGAGAGGAACGUGCUAGGAUCUACUCUUCUGAUAGUGAUGAGGGCUCAGAUGAUGAUAAAACACAAAGACUACUCAAGGCAAAGAAACUUACUAGUGAUGAGGAAGGUGAGCCUUCUGGAAAGAGAAAAGCAGAGGAUGAUGACAAAGCAAGUAAGAAGCAUAAGAAAUAUGUCAUCAGCGAUGAAGAGGAAGAAGAUGAUGAUUAAGAAAGCACAGAAGUUGAUUUUUUUUUUAAUAUAUAUAUUUAUAUAUAUAUAUAUCUUGUACAGUUCUCUUACCGCAAAGAUGUAAGUAACCAUAAUGGGGUUAUUUUGAUAAAGGAAAAUUCCAUUGAAGUCUACGUUUUUGGUGUGAAUAAAGUUUUUUGACUUCCUUUUACCUUUUAAGAUUUUUCUCUUAUUGCAGAAAUUGCUGCACCAGGGAUCAUCGCAGUGCCGUUUCUUAAUCUUGCACAGUACAUUUCAAUUUUGAGAACUGUAGUAACUGAUUAUCCAAGUGAAUUAAUCCGUGAAUUUUACUGAGUUCAUUAGGAGAAAUCAUUCUAAUCUUUACAGAUUGCUUAAAUGAUAAGUUUGCCUGACAAGGGUAUGGCAAUGUAGCUUACCGUUAGUAUGGAAGGGGUGAAAGAACAUUUGAGUCGUAUGGUACAGUUCUAUCUUUUUCCUAAAUAUUUCUUAUUUCCUGUUUACUGUGAACAAAACACUAUGUGCUGGUAUGUUUUGGCGACUGAAAAUAUUUUUUGUCAUAUCUGAGUAAACUCUGGAGUUCCUGCGGUUAGAACAGUUAACUGAUCAUCAUAUAUGACAUUUGGUUUUUAUGCGUUGAAGUCCAGAAUGAAAAUCCAUGUUUUGACUGAGCCUUGAUAAUAACAAUAAUUGGCACAUGCUAGUGAUGUAAUAGAGUAAGAAACACCUAUUUCAACAAAACUAAGAAAUAUCUGCAAGCAGAGAUGAAAGUCUCCUUUAAAAGGUGAAAUGAACCACAAUGCACAAACAUAUCCUAAAAAUAGUGUCUUAUAAUCUCAUAUAAUCCUUACGGUGCUAUUUUCUGUUGUUCCUGGUUGGUUUUAUAAAUAGUUUUGCUUAGCAGGGAAGUCACUGAAGGAGAGUAUUCUGGACAGGAUCAGUGCUGCUUUUAUACUAUUUCUAUAUACCGUAUUUGGUGAUGUAAUACUAGUUGUAAAGUGGGGAAAGGGUAGAAGAAAUACAUGAACUUCUCCACACUUUCUUUCCAGGAUGAAAUAUGCCAUAUUUAGUUUCGCUUAUUGGUGAGAGAGCAUUCAGAUGUUCUCUGUGUUACUUUUUUACCUGACUCUGGAUGUUCUUUGAGAUACAGAUUUCAACCUCGACAUCUUGCUUUUGUCGUCUUUAACUGGGCCAGAAGUUUGCCAAAAUAAUAUACCUCCAUUUGUCAUGUCUGGAAGGUACGGGGAGCGUUCUAGCUGCAGUAGGACGGAGCUCUGCAUGUGUUAAUAUAUUCUGCUGAGCAGCUGACUGCAGUGUAGACGUUUGCAAGAACGAAAACAAAGUGAAAAAAUUUAACUUGGAGGUCUGAGUGCCUGAGAAACUGUUCUUUAUUUUUAUGAUUAAAUUGUUAUCUAAGAGUUUCUGCGCCUCUUUAAUGUGUGGAUAAAAUCUUUCUCCAUCUGCUGGCAUUCUGACCCUGUAAUCCUCUUAGUUUAGACCUCUGCUGGGAGACUGGCUCCUUACAUGAGGUUACCUGCUCUCUGUAACCUCAGGAAGAAGCCAGCUGUUUAGAAAGGGACUCAUUCUGUGUGGAUGUAACAUGCUGUACUUUCACGUAAAAGCCUCCCAGAUACUUCUUAAACAACAAAUUUAGUGCAUGUAAACACACCACCCUUUCACUGGUUUGCUUUCAUGUCGGUUUAAUUAGUGCUGGCUAUUUUUAUUUUUACUACACUCCUAUGAGUGAAAAUGUUUUAAUUACUUUUGUAGGUUUGAUGCUGACUAAGCCUUUACUAAGUGGUCCGCAUUAGCUUCCAAAAAUGAGGCUUUUUGUGGAUUACAAAGAUGAAAAGAAGUAAUUUUUUACACUAUCUUCUUUUGUAAAUUGCUCUUUUAAAGUCUUACUUGAACAUGGAACUUCAGAAAGUGUUUUCUCAGUUUAAAUUGAUUUAACAAUCAUCCUGUAAUUAAAGUCACUUGAAUGAACUUAGCCUUAUCCAUGGUAUUUUUUUAAUUGUGAGUCUAAUAUAUAGUUUUAUUUAACUGAAGACAUUUUAUUGCUGUCCCUUUUCCCAGCCUCCAAGUAUGACAGAAUUACUUGGAAUAGUUUCAUUUUAUUAGAAUUAAAACUAUUAAGCCAAAGGAAAGAGAAUCUGGAUUGAACUGUGUUUACUCCUGUACUAACUAGUCAGAAUGGUUCUUCCAGGAAGAACAUUUGAACAACUUCCAGCAAAUAAAAAUUUCUUUGAAGAGCUGAUAUUAAGCUGUGUAAGUACUAGAUUUCCUGGCUUGUGGCAGGACAUAGGAUAAAUUCUUUUUAAGCAGUCACCUGUUCUUAUUGUAUAUAUUUUUGUUGUUUCAAAAAUAUCCUUCAACUGUGUCCUGGUUUCCAGUUUAUCUAGAGUUUUCUUUCUGGUACCUGCCACUUUUCUCCAUCCUAGCCAUGCAACUUGGCAUGAAUCUCCUGUUGUGGCACACAGGAUGGAUCAAGGAGUGCCCACUGAAAGGAGGAGCUGCCCACACAGUCCUUGACUCUUCCUAGCGGCAGGUUUGGCAAUAACUAGCCCAGGACAGUGAGUCAACUUGCUGAACUGUUAGGAAAUUUUCUUUCUGCUGAGUUUGUGUGUUUUCUGCCAGGCUUGCCUGCAGAGCUGCCUUGCAGGCCACGUGAGCAUCACAGCCAGCUCAGUUCAGUUGAUGUGGUCUUGACUUGGAGGACAUCAGCGAAGGGUCAUCUCUUUGGCAGAGUCUGUAAAUGUUGAUUUACAAGGGGAAGCAGAGGUGGAGCAGGAUAGAUCCCGUAUAUGGCAGCAAGUUUCAGCUCGGCUCUGAUAGGAAGCUGCAGCCUGAGGAAUGUGAUGAACAUGAGAUGGUGACUUUCCUAUGAAGUCAUGGGUAUUUAUUUCUCAGCCAGUAGGCAUGGCUGUCCUUGGUGUCAGGCCAUUCUAGUAGAAUGCUGUUGUUUGACAACAUUAGACUGCUAAUCAAGCUCUCUGGGUGUUGUUGAAUGCAUAGAGACUGUUACAUGAGAAUGAUUAAGAAGUUGAUUUGUUGCAGAUGAAUGUUCUUUUGAUUUUUUCCUAUAAGAGGUAUAAUAUCUUAGACUUGUGAAACUUAGGCUAUUCUAAGGCUCAGGAACUUGUCUGUGGCUUGACUUGGAAGUGCUUCUCAGAGGGCAAUGUGACUAAUACCUGCUGUUGCUUAGUGAUUCCCUUUGACUUGAGCUGGGUUUUUUUAAUCCUUGCCUGGACAUGAAAGACUUGCAAAAAGGCUGCAAACUGGUAUUGAUUACUAGCUCGUAUCUCUAAUUGCUUCGAAACUCCUGGGCAUUUUGAGGAAUUAUGUAUGCUAAGUAGUUAAGAAAAUACCAUGAAAUAAGGUAAAUCUAUGCUGAAAUGAUUGUCACAAAGACUUUUUUUCUUAAGGGUUUUGGAGAUUGUUUUUAACGGGUAUUUUUAUGCUUUAAAAGCCUAUGAAUCUUAGCAUAUGGGUUGAUAUUCGGAAUAAAUCAGUUAUAAAAGUGGGAGCUUAACUUUAGAAAGUGUUUUUUGGUUUGGGGUUUUUUUCCAUUAAGACUUAGUCUUGAAGAAACGAGAGGUGGUAGAACCAGUUUACCAACAAAUGUAACUUCACGUUUCUGUGUUAUGUUGAAAUUUUCUGGGAAGCACUAGUUUAUUGUUAGUCAUGGAGUCAUAACGACUUUGUGUUCGUUAUUGUAAAUGAAAGAUAAAUAAAAUCUUAUAAAACAGUGGAAGUAUUAACUAACAUACCCUCUUUUUUAUAUCCUUUGACUGAGUCAGAUAUCUCAUCUUAUAUUGUUUGGUGCUUUUUUUGUUCUUUGCAAAACACUUCAGAAUAUAACUGUGGAAGUGAGGUGCUAAUCUUAGCCUGGUAACUUGGCAAUUUUCUUAGGGCUUUUUUAUCGAGCUUAAAGAUGUAUGGUAAACAUUUUGUGUAGGACAGGUUCUCACAAUAAGACUCAUUAUUGAUUUUAGGAUAAAACCUUUUUUAGAAAAUUUACAUGGAUACUGAAGGAGCGCUCUCAUUUUCAUAUGUAAAGGAAAUAAACAUUAGGGGUUUGGUAGCAGUAGUACCAGCCUUUCCAUUCAGGUGUUUAGCAGGCUUGUACGUAGCGUUCAUGUGCUUGGUUGAGGCGUGGAGCUUUAAUCUCUAGAAUCCUGCUCCAGCUGUUGUUCCAGUGUUGGUUCUGAUCGUGUUUGCCACCAGCAGUUUUGAGGUUUGUUAACUGGUAUAGAAUAAGGUUACUGCAAUUACUGUCUCCUAGUCUUAGUUUUCAGCUUAAAAUAAGCUGCUGCUUGGACUGUGCUGUGUUUGGGUAUGGAGGAGGAUAUCCCAGAGUAGAUAAGGAAGGGUCAGGCCAAAGUGGUGUGGCUAAGACAUGAUCUCUUUAUUCUUUUCUUUUCCUUUUGCGUUUCCUUUUUUUCCUUCCCCCUCACCCCUCCAGAAAAGUAAAUGGAAACAGCUCAAAAGCCAAAAUCACAGUUGUGAAAUCUAAAAUUGAUGCUGGACAACUGGUACACUUCCAACUUCACACCUGAUAAUGUUUCUUGCAACCGAGUUAAGCUGUGUUGAUUUCAGGGGAGCUGUUAAUUUAGCUCUGAAAGGUAUCUUUCUUUAAGUAAAGGUAGAUCUUUCACAUUUUUAUUAAAGGAUACCUCAUUUUAUCUCAGCAUUAACACAUCUUGAGUUAUUAUCCCUUUUCCAUACCCACCUUGCUAUACUAUGUAUG